AUGUUGUCAAUAAGACGAGCGACAGAUGUUGAGCCACUGUUACUAGAUAAGCCUCCGCCCACGCUCCGCUUCAAGGACCACUCCCCACUGGUCAUUCGCGUGACACGCGCGGAGACCGCAGCUGCGGCAAACGUCGAAGACUUUAGUCCGACCUCACUUGCAGAGCUUGCAGGCUCUCCCGAGUCACCUUGGGACAAGGAGUUAACGACAUUGCUCUGCGACUUCGUGCAACAGGCUGACAGCUCUGACUGGGUCCAUCACUGGCCAAAGACGAUAAUCCACCGACUCCGAGCCAUUGCCGGUGAUCUGGCAACCGGCUCGGACUUCGUGCCAGCCAGGUGUGCCUGUGUUCCUGAGUGUGGCCCAACGGCAGUCGUGCAAGUCCCGCUUGGAGUUCCCUGCCGACUACUGAGAGGCGCCUCUUGGUCAUUCGACUUGGUAGCGGACAGCGAAGAAGGGACCGCUCUGAACUGGGUCCUCGCACGCUUGGAGGAGUUCUACUUCGACCGCAACAUAAUGUACAGCUUUGCCCAAUUCCCUGGCCGGCAUCUGUACGGAGGCUGGAUGGCUCCAGGUCGGCGCGCGUCGUCGCGCCCUUCGCCCAAUUCGGUCUUCGGGCCCGUCUCAUGGCUUGGAGAAGUGCUUCCGAGAUCCCUGACUGACACCGGCUUAUACGUGAGACUGCGCAGUUAUUCGCCACCUGCCAAGCUCCCCUUGACUCCCUUGAGAACGAAAUGGCUGUCGUAUCUCUGUCGUGGCGAGGUUCCGGAGGAGAAGAGGAAUAGCUUCCCUCCUCUCACAAGCGCCUUGCUGAACAUCAUGGAGGAUCCUCAGUUUGAUGAGGACGCGGCCGACGCCCUCUGGGGCAGCUACGACAGGUGUGACAUCGAUAUUUGGAUGGGUGAGGGAUGGACGAGAUCGAAUCUGGAUAUUCCUUUCGGGGUCGGUGACCGACAGCCCAUCGCGCUGAAAGGAAUCCAUGGCUUUACGGUAAUUUUCCUCGCGUUGCCCAGCUUUUCCGCCCGCCUGAAGCUUCUCGACUUCUGGAAGCCUCAGCAGCAUAUUCUUACCGACUUCGUGAAGCACAGUCUGGGUUGGCUGUUGUACCGUCGCGACGACCCCGAAUCAAGGCAGCCGUUUGUCUGGGAAGCUAUGAUGAACAGGCUGUUUGCCAAGACGCUACAGGAAGAAAAUUCGAUUACAUCAAUUGAUCUUUGUCAGCGACUGUCGUUGAUUUUCUGCUCGUGGCUGGCUCGACGCAAUAAAAUCGAUGUCUGCCCAGAGAGCGUUGAGGUGCUGGUCGAGACUGUUCGGGACAUUGGCCGAAUUGCGGAUUGGGAUCCGUGGGAGUGCGUCUCAGCCACAAGUCACAAGCGUUUGUUUGGCUUGGCAAGUGCACAGUGCGAAGAGCCAAUUGCGAGCUACAGGUUGAUCACUCUCGGCGAUGCUUCUUGGGACGAGAUGCAAACUGAUCUUCUCGGUAUAUGGAGGGGAUGUGUGGUUGGAACGAUGGUCAAACUUGCUUGGGAUCAGGCCUGGUUCAAGUCGCAGGUGGUGCCGCAGCAAGAAUUCAUCCCCAUGUCCGUCACGCUCGACGGUGCCAUCAAAGUCACAGCUUGGGGUGUUGAGCGCGGACCACCCCGAGGCGAUUUUCUGGAUAGAUGUAAGGACACCAUUAUCGAGGCGUUGGUUCUACUCGUAAGCAUCGACAGGUCGGUUCUUCGGAGCUGUGAACACGUUAUCGACUCCGGACGACUGCUCGACUCUUUUGCCCUGGCCUUCUCGGCUACCACUAAUCCCAACUGCGAGGAUGAGUCGUUGAGAGCACUCAGGUUGCCCUUCAAUACCAUGAUCUCCGACAGGCACUGGGCAACAGAGUUUCAAGGAGGCGCGGUGAGCAGAUGCGAACCCGGAAUCGCAUGCGCUCUGUUCCACGACCUUGCCACGACCCUGCAGCUGGGCGAUCUCGGCUCGACUGAUGAUUUGAGCCGCACCCUGCUGGUUGAUCUCGCCACCUCCACAGUGCCGGUUCAUUUCAGCAAACUUCUUGGUUUGCCUUCCUCAGACAGGCGACUGGCCGAAAAGGUUACUGCACCCUCGCCCGGGGUCACAGCAGUCCUGCCUCUCAUUCCCCCUGCCAGUCCAGGCAUGUCCGCGCCCUCACCGCUUGCCGCCCCUCCAGCAGCUGCUCCGACUCCGCUCACGAUCGGCUCAAGGCUGUCAUCGGCUAUAUCACAGCCCAGGAGCGACGAGCAGCCGCCUCCCACUUCACUGCUGAACAGCGGGUCGUUGGACAACGAUGACAUGAAGCCCUCUUGGCCAACAGCGAAACCGACGAUAGCAAGCGCUGCAACCGAAAAGGUGUCCUCGCUGUCGGACGGCGGUCUGCGCCGCUCAGCGCAGGAAGCUCUGCGUGACCAAAUGGACGCCCCUAUCCAGGGUUACUUCGUCGGCCUCACCGACCCCUCAGAUUCACCGAGAAAUAGGAAGAUUCCUCCACCGCAGUCUCCAGUCCGAGAGCAAUGUGAACAACACACUGAGCAGUUUCCGACGCCCCCCGGGCAGAGAUUGGAUACCGGCCAGACCGAGCUGGCAGGAGGGAGCGACGUUCCGAUUGCACCGCUGUUUGUUGCUCCCGCUGUUCAAAAUCUGCAGAUCAAACUGCCGUCUUACAGCUUGACGGUAAAGACAUCAUCACCCUCGAAGUUGGAUACCUCCCCACCGCCUUCGGAGACGGAAGAUCUUGCACUCCGUCACGAGCGACCGCUGAGCAAGGACCAAGCGUCCAGCCCAGCUUGUACCAAACCCGUCCAUGAAGAGCAGUCAUCAGCGGCUUGGUAUGCGUCUUGGUUACAGUGGAGACCAGUGCGGUGCGCGUCCUGGUUAAUCACCUCGCAAGAGUCCACACCGUCAAGUGCGAGCAUGGCUCGCGCACCACCUCCCUUGUACACCGUCGGCCAAGUCGCGAGGCCCUUCGCCGGACUGCGCCGAGACGACAUUGUGUACAUCAUCAACCGCUUUCUGCUCCCCAAGCUGUAUCUCGUCAAGCUCCCUGGCGGCGGUGUCUGGCCGGUUCAGGGCCCGCCUGUCAGCGAAGACGUGUCAAUGUCUAAUCCCUGA